AAGAAGUGAACAUGUUCAUAAACGUAGUGUAUAAGGAUGCUCCGGAGUUGUCUACGGUGCCUCGCCGGCCUUCCAACGAGCCCGACCCAUCGCAGGAAAAGACGUUGCUCGUCAACCCAGACUGUCCAGUGCGAAUAAUGCUAGAAUACAUCCGCAAGCAAUGCAAGCUGGGCUCCUUCACCGCAUUCGACCUUUGCGACGAGAGCGGUCGCCUACUGGGUCUGUUUAACAUGGAGACCUAUGCCUACGCAACCGGCCGGUUUGAACACAAGAAGGUUUACUACAUCAUUGUCUUAAAGGCGGAAUCGGAUCGCCUGCUGACGAUUCUGCCGCAACUGAACAAGGAGAACCGGUUCUACGAGGAACUGAAGCAGCGGGUGAAGGCUUUCAUUUCAGCCAACCCCUCUUCUCGUACUACUUCCAGGAACUCGGUGUCGGUGAAAAACAUGAGGACACGAAACUCGCCGCCGCCGCCCAAGAAUAAGAAAUAA